AUGACUUCCAAUAUUGAAAAGACGAUUGCUCGGCAGCAAGAAAAAAUUGCGGCCGGAUCCUUUUACGAAGCUCACCAGCAACUCCGUGUUAUUGCGGCGCGGUAUAUGAGACAGUCGAAAUACGAUGCCGCGGCUGAAAUAUUAACGGGCGGCGCCAAAGCUCUCCUGAGGGCUGGAUCCCAACAAGGCGCCUCGGCCAGUGGCGGAGAUUUGGCCAUUAUGUUGGUCAUUGAGGUAUACACCAAAGCCGAAUGGGAGAUCAGUGAAGAAAACGAUGCCGCAUCGAGAGCACACAAGAAGCGCCUUAUCGAAUUGCUGCGUGAAUUCCCUCCAGAUGAGCCGUCCCGGAAGAGGUACAUUAGUGAAAUUAUAGGCUGGAGUUCAAAGUUUGGGCCCUUGGAACGAGGAGACCCAGAGAUCCAUCACGCUGUUGGGUCUGUUUACGCUGAAGAAAAUGAGCCGUACGACGCAGAAAAGCACCUUAUCAUCGGAACUACCGACUCGGCAGAAACCCUCGCGAAGCUGGAGUUUGAGUGGUAUACAGGCGACGACUCGCAUACCGCAGCUCUCUAUGCUUCGAGAGCAGUUAUCCCUUACCUCCUGACCGGCAAUCUUCGCAGCGCCAACAAGGCCCUCCUCAUUUUCACAUCCCGUCUUUCAAGCGUAAACCCUUCGCUCGCGUCACAACACGUGAGCAGUGCCAGUAGCGAUAUCCGGAUCUAUCCGUCGUUGCCGCUGCUCAACUUCCUCGGCUUGCUCCUAGUUGCUGUGCAACGUGGGAGUGCAGACCUAUUUCGAGACCUGACUCGGCAUUAUGCUCCUCAUAUCCAAGAAGUGGGUAUUUGGAAUGACGCAUUGGCGCAGAUCGGAGAGAUGUACUUCAACAUCAAAAUUCCCAGGCAGGGUAACCCGCUUCUGGACAUGAUGGGCAGCAUGUUCUUUGGAGGCAACAACCAGAGCGGAGGAAAUCAGAAACCUGGCGCUUCAAGCCGAGCUGCAUCCAAGAGAGUGGAAGCGGCUCCGUCUAGUGCUGAGCUCGACUAG